AUGCGGGGCUUCAACAGCACCCUGUCAACCGGGCCGACGGGGGGAGAGACCUGCGGGAAGAAGAGCCACACUUGGCCCAACCCACCCCAGCUCCUCCUCUCACCCCUGGUGAGCCCGGGCCCCUCCACCCCGGGUGAGAACCGCGACCUGGUGGGGCGCCCUGCUGCUUGGAGCCCCAGAGCUCCAGCAGUGGUCGCCGCGCUGCCCGGGAGGUUUGAGGCCAGAGAGGGACACCCCAGGACCGCAGAGGCCUGGGAGGAGGCGAGGGGAGCACCGCAGGGCGACCCAGUGGGGGCGAACGCCCCACUCUGGUCCCGAAAGGACAGGGCCAGUCAGGGCGUCAGUGCCGCAGGGAGCGCGGCUCUCACGGAGGCCGCCCGGGGAGGGCGGCAGGGUUUCGUCCAGGCUCCCGAGAAGUCUGAGGAAGACUCGGGCGGAGCUGCCUCCACGGAGGCCUCUGCGGGUACACAGCCUUGGCGGUGUGGCCUGGAGGCCCGGACCCUGGAGCAAUGCACUUCCGCGCGAGGGCGCCCUCGGGCCCCUGGGGCAGCCUCAGCUGUGGAGCGGAGGGCAGCCUCUCCUGACCGACCAGUCCUUCAGCUCAGCCCGCGCCGCCUCCUGGAGGAGGGGCCGGCCCGCCGCCCGAGGCCGGCACUGCGUCCUGCCCACAUCGCCUCUUUCCCGGGGCUUCUUGCCCUGAGGCUUCCGAGUCGGCCUCGCACGUGGAGAAGGGCAGCCCCGCUUCCUCCGCAGUGGGACUGUCCGGACCCGCUGCUGUGCUCUGCGGGGCUCGCAGGACGCCGUGGGGGUUCAGAGUUCCUGCCGAGCCCGGCACAGAGUCAGACACGAAGCGGCCAUCGCGCGCCGCCCGAGCGACUGGAGCCGGCAGAACCGGGCGUCCGGAGCAUGCGGGCUCGUCCCGGUUCUGCAAGUUCAGGACGGUCCGGCUCCCUGAUGGAGACCCAUCUCCGGCCCCCAGAAGGGCCUGGCAGGGCCAGCCGCCGCUUCUGGCUCCAGCCUCCCGCCUCCCUGCUGGGCCUCUGGGCUCUGCGCCUAACAGCCGACAGCCGUCGGAGUCAGGGGCAGGCCAGGUCCUCGGGUGUCCUCCCUGACCUCCACGAUGAGGAGGCCUCUUCACCCGCGGUGACGCCCGGCCCACCUCGGACGAGGCGUCACCCCGUCUGGUCACACCCUCCCUGA